AUGGCUGUUCGUCGUCCAAAGCCCCGCCGUCGUGAACCGUCAACCUCCAAGGUGAUCUCCUGCACACAGGAAGAAUGCCCUUCAAUUCUGCCGCCCAUCACUAUUGUCUGUGAGCCUUGGGUGAACACGGCAUGGCGACGUCCUCGACAGACAAGAAAACUCAACCUAUAUCUCCCUGCCCCGCCUCCCUUCUCACAGAAAAGGGCCAACCAGUGGCGCAGAUGGUCAGAAGACGUCAUUCCGUCCCUACUUGUACCAUAUCUAUCCUAUAUCCAACAAACUUCGGUGUUACGUUAUACCAAUGCACCAGGAGAAGCUCAGCAAGAUCUUGCAGUUUGCCAAGCUGGGUGUAGGACUCGGAGUAUCACAGUUGCAUGUGUGCACUUCGACGCAUUGAAAGAAAUUAACAUCAUCACAUGCCCGUGUUUCCCUGUACCCCUCCAACUCCUUCGUCGCGGUCUGUUUCUGUGCGCUCCUCUCGUUCCCUUACUCGCGGUCGACUUGCGUGUUUUAGAGUUUGUCCGUCUUCUCUUCGUACGCCAGGCUCCCAACCAAACCGCGUGGUGCGAUGCGGUGGAAACCUUUCUAGAUGGAAUGGGGUACAAGUUGUCAUGCAAGAAUAACUUGCGUCGUCGUUUCGGCAAUACUUUCCACUGGUACCGAGUGCUGAGCAUCUUGGCUCGCAAUCACAUUUCUAGUAUCAUCGCCGAUGUUUGGAGGGGUCAGGCACGUAUCCCACUCAUCGAUCAGCCAUCUGAAUACCUUCGUUCUCGUUGCCUGCUUUGUUUCGGAGGCAAUACUUGCCAUGAAGCAGAUGCUCGUUCUAUCCCAGACAUUAUUGUUUGCAUAGAUGCCUGCUUUACUCAAAAGUGUUCGACUAAUCCUCGCAGUGCUAGCAGUAUCGACCCUCCUAAUCCGACUCCAACGUUCUUUCUGUCGAACGAUGAUGUCAAAGCGAUGGAGGAUUUUGUAAACAGUUGUCGCGGAGAAAGAUGUCGAACGCGAGCCUCGAGAGCGCAAGAGGAGGAGGAUCGCUAUGAAGAAGGGAUGCGUGUGCCAGUGUCUGUGUUGAAUGGAUGCGGAGAAUCCUUCGUUGCUGCAGACGAAAAGCGUGAAAAGGCAAGUACUCGUUUUUUUACCGACACAGGCCUGAUGGCCCUUCUAUGCAGACAUGACCGUGUCCUCUGGCUUGCCAACCUCACAUCAGCAGGGGAAAAGCAACACUACGCGCUCGCUCUCCUGGACCAGUUGUUCAAGCACAUACCCCCUCAGAUGACUGUAGGACUUCUCUAUGACAUCGGAUGUCAACUUGAACGAAGCUGCCGAAAAUGGAACCUUCUCGAUGACAAUACCCUAUCACGCUUAUCCUUCGCUGUUGCGGUAUUCCAUGCCUAUGGCCAUCAAUGGCCCUGUCAGAUCAUCUACCAUCCGAGGAAGCGCGAGGGUUUUGGAUUGUCUGAUGGUGAGGGAUGCGAACGAUUGUGGAGUUCUCUCAAGCAACUCAUCCCAUCGUUACGCGUUUCUGGGUUCCACCAACGUCUCUUCGUCCUCGAUGUUCAAAUUCGCCACCUGGACACAAAAUCCAUCCAAGGCUACGGACAUUGGCUCCAUUGGCGAUGGCUGCAUUGCCAGAUUAAGAAGAAUGUGGCUCUGGACGGUUUACAGGACUUAGACGUCAACGAGGAUAUCCUUCGUGCUGAAUGGAAGGCGCAAAUUGCUCACCCGACGCGACCCAUCCCACGGCAAUCCAAGAACAAGGCGGCGGAGGUCAUUACCACUAUUCUUGCGCUGGAGAAGACCCUGGACGCUCACGAGACUUCUGUUCGUGAGCUAGAGAUGCAGCUUUAUGUAGGUGCCGUUGCUAACGUCGUGGAGUUCAAUCUGCAGCUCGCCGACGCUCGGUCACGACGUGCCAAAAUUGCAGAUACCCUUCGACGUCGUAAGGCUACCCUUGGACCGCAAGGACAGGCCGAUUUUAUGACGAUGAAGAACGACAUCUUCCUUACCAUCCGCUUGAAUGCUCGCACAGUAAAAACUCGUAUUAGGGACCGUCUCCGUCAACGCAAAUUUGAAUUGGAGAGGCUAGAAAGGUUGUAUCGAGCAACAGUAAAUGAACACAAGCUUCGCUUGAACACCCAGUAUUCAAUCAAACGGCGAGAACCUGCAAUUCUCAAACUGGUGUCAACUUACAACGGCUUAUGUACUCAGCUACAGUCCCUCAUACGUCAAUGGCGAGCUCCCCCAUCUGCUAUUCCCCCUCAUCUUAUUGCUCGUGACGGCAUCUUCUUACUCGACGUGGACGAUGAAAUCUGGCAAGAUAUUGGCCUCGAUGACGAAGGCAUGCACCCGCCGGCAUGGUUAUCGGAUGAGGCCACCAGGUCUGGUAUUCAUUUGCAGCUUGAAUUGGAUCGUUGCAUUGAGGAAGAGACUCGUUUGAGGCGAGAGCGGUCUGUGAUGCAGGAAUGGAUGUUAGCAGAGUGGGAGGCUGUCCAGACUGCGUUGAGAGAUCCUGCCAAUGAUCUCGUGAUGCCAUUCCACCUCAAGGCCCGCACAGAGGAACUUCUGUGCAUCUGUGUCAUCUGGAGGAACAAGGUUCGAGAGAUCCCUUGCGCCUGCCCAGUCGAGAGUUGGGCCGCUCGAGACCAGGAUGAUGAUGACGACGAGAGUGUCGGAGUGGUGGACGAGUGUGACAAGGACGGUGAUCCGGCAUAUUCUGAGGUUGGAGAUGAUGAACUUAUGGAUGCGAUUGAGGAGGUUGCAUUAGCUGAUGAGUACAGGUAUCAGGAUGAGGACCUUAUUGAUGACGUUGAGGAUAGUUUUAUGCCUUCGUCACCUACCAAAUCGACACCUAAAAAAAGGCGCUGCAUAUAA